AUGAAGUCUGUGGCUAUUAAAACUGUAUUGGUUAUUGCAUUAUUGGGAUUGUGUAUACAUUUGCAGAAGUACUACCUAACCUAUUCUAGAAUCGGUUCAAGACCAUCAGAUGUCCGAGUAUCAGAUCUAGAGAAGAGCAGCAAGGGCAAUAAGAACAACACGAUUGUAUUUACAAAUAGGAAACAAACAGUUACAUGCAAACAAAUGAAUUUUGUAUUUGUUAAAACUUACAAGACUGGUAGCAGCACCGUUGGAUCUACUCUCUUUCGCUAUGGUCUGAAAAAUAACUUGAUAUCUGCAAUUGCACUACAACCGGCUUCUAUGAUAGUGGAAAUAAUAAAUAAUACAGCAGGGGUUAGAAAAUACGACUGUGAUCCCACAUUCCCAGGAUAUAACUAUUUAGUUAGUCAUGUCAAGCAUUAUAAUUACAACGUACUCAAUACACUGGUCAAACGCGCACAGUUUAUAACUUUACUUCGUUCACCAUUUAAACACUUGGAAUCUUCGUUUUAUUAUUUUCAUGCUGACGUCGCAUGCAAACUAUUAAAGCAUGAAAACCCGUUUGCUGAAUUUGUAACUCAUUUACAAAAUUAUACUGACCCUACUAAAAUGAAGGCGCAAUUGAGAAACAGAUUACACAAUGGGCAAUUGUACGGACUAGGUUGUGACGACGAUAACUGCAACGACCAAACAUCUGUUGUGAAAAAAAAUAAUGAAAUUGAACAGCAAUUUGACUUAGUCAUGAUUACAGAUUAUAUGGAUGAAUCGAUGGUUCUACUCAAACAGCUCAUGUGCUGGAGAGAUGAUGAUGUAGUCUACAAGUCGAUGAAAGUUGUCGGUAAUAACAGACCACCAAUAACUGAACAUAUGAAAGGAAUAAUUUCAAAAUGGAAUAAAGCGGAUAUGCAGCUAUAUAAUCAUUUUAACAGAACUUUUUGGCGCCGAAUUAAAAAUUACAAAGGUGAUUUUGAUAGCGACCUUCAAUCUUUUCGCACCAAACAAACUGAAAAAACAGAAAUGUGUGUUAAAACCAAAAGAAAUAACGAAGAUUGUAAAUGGCUCGAAAUGGAUGUGACCCAGCUAAGGACCACUGCUUUAAAAAUACAAGCUGAAACAAUUUGUAAAAAACAGAAUAAAAAUCAGUAG